AUGCAGACCCGCUACGUUGAUCGUCCCAUCCCCCGAAUCUCCCUCCGCGACUUCGAAUCGCGCAUCGACCAAAUCACCUCGGAGCUGGUGGACGCCGCUGAGAAUGUAGGCUUCUUUACAUUGACCGAUCAUGGCAUUUCCACCCAGGAGAUUGAGGAGAUGUUCAGCACUGCAGAAAGCUUCUUCGCCCUGCCCGACGAGGUCAAAGCUACUGUCCCCUGGAACGCAAACAACGUCGGAUGGGAGAAAAACUCGCAGAUCCGUCCUUCGACAGGCCAGCCAGAUACCAAGGAGUCGUAUCAGCUGCAAUUCGGCGAGAACAUGACCAGCCUGUGGGUCAGCGACGAGCAUCUCCCGGGGUUUAAGACCAAGUCCCUGGCGUUCAUGCACGGCGUGCAACAGGUAUCGGAGCAGUUGAUGCGCUGUUUUGCCCGAGGACUGGGAUUCGAGGAGGGCUUCUUCAUCAAGUGUCAUGAUAUCUCCCGGCCAGUGGAGCAGACCACCAUGCGUCUACUGCAUUACUUUGCUCUGCCCGAGGAGCCAAACGGCAAGACAUAUCACCGAGCCGGAGCGCAUGCGGACUGGGAUUUCCUGACUCUUUUGUUUCAAAAAGAAGGACAGAGCGGGCUGGAAAUCUGUCCGGGUCGAGAAGUGGUCACCGAGUUUGGAAUCGGUGAUGAAUGGACCAAAGUCGACGCCCGCACCGGGGACAUUGUUUGCAACAUCGGCGAUCUGCUGAUGUCCUGGUCUGACGACAGGUUCAAAUCGACGUUUCACCGAGUGAAGGCGCCCUCAGAGAAGGGCGAUUACUUUGGAGAUCGGUACAGCAUUGCAUAUUUCAACCAGCCCUGCAAGGACUCGCUGAUCCAGGGACCGUUGAAGAAGUACCCAAUGGUGACGGGAGAGGAAUUCACUGCAAAUGCGAUGAAGAGGAACUUUGCUGCGUUGCAGGAGAAGCUGAAGACAAUGGAGGUAGCUGCGUGA